AAGCCCCUACCCCCUUGGGCGGACGGCCCGCUCAUCUGUGGCGUGUUCGUGGCGUUGUGAUAAGUGAUAAUUCUCUCUGUGAUAAACUAGUGGGUGAUAAGACAAUACACGAGGGAGGAUUUACCUAGACCUCAGAUUAACCAGUUCAUGUGCCGGUGAGGUCAGGUACACACGUCGCCAUGGAAGACGCCCACGCAAAGACAGUAGAUGAAGUUUUAAAUUAUUUCAGUGUUGAUCCUGAACGGGGAUUAACGCCAGACCAAGUUAAAAGAAAUCAAGAAAAAUACGGCCCCAACGAACUGCCCACAGAAGAGGGAAAGUCAAUAUGGCAAUUAGUGCUUGAGCAGUUUGAUGAUCUUUUAGUGAAGAUCUUAUUGUUAGCUGCAAUUAUUUCUUUUGUACUUGCUUUAUUUGAAGAUCACGAUGACCAAAUUACAGCUUUUGUUGAACCCUUUGUCAUUUUACUUAUUCUUAUUGCAAACGCCGUCGUUGGUGUAUGGCAGGAAAGGAAUGCAGAAUCAGCCAUUGAAGCGCUGAAGGAGUAUGAACCAGAGAUGGGCAAGGUCGUCAGAGGAGACAAGGCUGGUGUACAGAAGGUGCGAGCCAAGGAGAUCGUACCUGGAGACGUCGUUGAGGUCUCUGUUGGUGACAAGAUCCCAGCUGACAUCAGACUGAUCAAGAUCUACUCCACCACAAUAAGAAUUGACCAGUCCAUCCUGACUGGAGAGUCUGUCUCUGUCAUCAAGCACACCGACCCUGUACCUGACCCCCGAGCCGUUAACCAGGACAAGAAGAACAUCCUGUUCUCUGGCACCAACGUCGCCGCUGGCAAGGCCCGAGGUGUCGUGAUGGGCACUGGCCUCAACACUGCCAUUGGUAAGAUCAGAACUGAGAUGUGUGAGACUGAGGAGAUCAAGACUCCUCUGCAGCAGAAAUUGGACGAAUUUGGUGAACAACUGUCAAAGGUCAUCUCUGUGAUCUGUGUAGCUGUCUGGGCUAUCAACAUCGGACACUUCAACGACCCGGCUCACGGUGGCUCCUGGAUCAAGGGAGCCGUGUACUACUUCAAGAUCGCUGUCGCACUGGCUGUGGCUGCCAUCCCUGAAGGUUUGCCUGCUGUCAUCACCACCUGUCUGGCCCUGGGCACCAGGAGGAUGGCCAAAAAGAACGCUAUUGUCAGGUCUCUGCCAUCCGUAGAGACUUUGGGCUGCACCUCUGUCAUCUGUUCUGACAAGACCGGCACACUCACCACCAACCAGAUGUCCGUCUCCAGGAUGUUUGUCUUCGACAAGAUUGAGGGCAACGACAGCUCUUUCCUGGAGUUUGAGAUCACUGGUUCCACCUACGAGCCCCUUGGAGAUGUCUUCCUGAAGGGCCAGAAGGUCAAGGGUGCCGACUACGAGACCCUGCACGAGCUGGGAACUAUCUGCAUCAUGUGCAACGACUCUGCUAUUGACUUCAACGAAUUCAAACAGGCUUUUGAAAAGGUAGGAGAGGCCACUGAGACUGCUCUGAUUGUGUUGGCUGAGAAGAUGAACCCCUUCAAUGUCAGCAAAACUGGUCUGGACCGCAGAACAUCUGCCAUCGUUGUUCGCCAGGACAUUGAGACCAAGUGGAAGAAGGAGUUCACCUUGGAAUUCUCCCGAGACAGGAAGUCCAUGUCUUCCUACUGUGUUCCUCUGAAGCCCUCCAAGCUCGGCUCAGGACCCAAGCUGUUUGUCAAGGGUGCUCCUGAGGGUGUCUUGGAAAGGUGCACUCACGCUCGUAUUGGUGGCACUAAGGUGCCUCUGACUGCUGCUCUCAAGAACAAGAUCCUGGAACUGACCAGACAGUAUGGUACUGGCCGUGACACCCUGCGUUGUCUGGCUCUGGCCACCUGUGACAACCCCAUGAAGCCUGAGGAGAUGGACUUGGGAGACUCUACCAAGUUCUACACGUAUGAAGUUAACCUGACCUUUGUUGGUGUUGUGGGUAUGUUGGACCCUCCACGUAAGGAAGUCUUUGACUCCAUUGUGAGGUGCCGAGCUGCUGGAAUCCGAGUCAUUGUCAUCACUGGAGACAACAAGGCUACUGCUGAGGCCAUCUGCAGACGUAUUGGAGUGUUCACUGAGGAUGAGGACACCACUGGAAAGUCAUACAGCGGCCGAGAGUUUGACGACCUGCCACUCGCUGAACAGAAGGCGGCUGUCGCUCGGUCAAGGCUGUUCUCUCGAGUAGAGCCUGCUCACAAGUCUAAGAUUGUUGAAUUCCUGCAGUCCAUGAAUGAGAUCUCUGCCAUGACUGGAGAUGGUGUGAAUGACGCGCCUGCCCUGAAGAAGGCUGAGAUUGGUAUUGCCAUGGGCUCAGGAACAGCUGUGGCUAAGUCUGCUGCUGAGAUGGUGUUGGCUGAUGACAACUUCUCCUCCAUUGUCUCAGCUGUUGAGGAGGGCCGAGCUAUCUACAACAACAUGAAGCAAUUCAUCCGAUACCUUAUCUCUUCCAACAUUGGUGAAGUCGUCAGUAUUUUCCUGACUGCUGCCCUGGGUCUGCCUGAGGCUCUUAUCCCUGUACAGCUGUUGUGGGUCAACCUGGUCACAGAUGGUCUGCCUGCCACUGCUCUGGGUUUCAACCCUCCUGACCUCGACAUCAUGGAGAAGCCUCCCCGAAAAGCCGAUGAAGGUCUGAUCUCUGGAUGGCUAUUCUUCCGCUACAUGGCCAUUGGAGGCUACGUCGGUGCUGCCACUGUUGGAGCUGCGUCUUGGUGGUUCAUGUACUCCCCUGAGGGACCUCAGAUGACCUACUGGCAACUGACUCACCAUCUGUCCUGCACCCCUGACAGUGCCGACUUUGGUGGUGUUGACUGCAAGAUCUUCCACGACCCCCACCCCAUGACGAUGGCUCUCUCUGUGCUUGUCACAAUUGAGAUGUUGAACGCGAUGAACAGCUUAUCAGAGAACCAGUCUUUGAUUGCCAUGCCCCCAUGGAGCAACCCGUUUCUGAUAGGAGCCAUGAUUCUGUCCUUCACUCUGCACUUUGUCAUCCUGUACGUCGAAUUUCUGGCUACUGUAUUCCAGACCUGCCCAUUGACUGGAGAUGAAUGGAUGACAGUGAUGAAGUUCUCACUUCCGGUGGUUCUGCUGGACGAAACGCUCAAGUUUGUUGCGCGCAAAUACGCUGAUGGUAAGAAUGACUGGCUGUCCGGGGUACAUGGGAUCGUUAUGAUGUGGGGCGUAUUCUUCCUCUUCAUCUGGAGUAACAUCAUCUAAACAGCUGUAGGGGGGCUCUAGGACUCACAUUGUUACGUGCAGAGCCCCCCCGAGGGACGUAAGUGAAAGUGGUCACGAGCGGCAGUAUUGAUCGGCACAGUAAACGCUCGAGUAGUUGUUGGAAACAUUUUCCCACUGUUAGCAUUUAUUUCUGACAUACUCACUGCUGUACAUUCCCAAACUACUGUGUUAUUAACAGUACGACUGUUUAUUCCGGUUAGAAAAUUAAAUCAAAGUAGUAAAUGUUUCCAACAGAUACGGGGCAGUUACCACUGUGGACUGAAUUUUUUAUAUGAUGUACACACAGGGAUUCGGUUUUGGAACAUCUUUUACUUUGAAACACGACGGCAAUGUCAGUUUGAACUACUCUUCUAAUUUAUUGGUUUUAUUUAUUUUUGUUUUUUUACAUUUUUUGCUCAUUGUUUGAACUAAGACACAUAUGAGAUUCACUGGCAUUGCUUUGUUUCUCGUUUUAUAAACCAACAAUGUAGCAAGAUCAUUUUUGUAAAUUUGUAGCAUAAUUGAUGAAUUGUUAAAGUAUAUUAAACUUGUGAUGUUAUAUUAACGAUCGGUAAUAAAUUAUUUUGUGGUUGGUUUUUUCUAGAGAGUUUUUAUUUUAUUUUGCUUAUUGCCCAGCUUAUGCACUCCCCUCCUCCAGCAUGACAGUUUCCAAAAUACAUGCAAUUUUUUUAGUU